AUGGAUAAUAAGGAGAUAAUGGUAGACGAAAAAUGGCAUCCAAUUCUAGGAGAAAGUGUACCCUUAACCGAGCCCCAACACUAUGUUAAGCUCAGUAAAAUUGUUAAUGCUCCUCUAUUACGCGCAAAUCAAACAAAUGGAAGCGUAUCUUUGGUUCUUUCCUAUAUCCGGCAAAAAGAUAUGUUUCAAACCCUCUCACAAUUUCCAAUCGCCUUUCCUUUGGUAAUUCCAGAAUUGGAUGAAGCAACAAAAUUCAGAGUGAUGCUCCCUUUUAUCAAACGGGAAACAAAACCUGGGACAAUAAUUGAAAAUCAUCUUUUUAAUAGCCAAUUUAGAAUGAUUGUUGCUAUUAGGAUUGGAACAAACACACCAGGUAAAAGUACUAUUCUAAAUUUAUUAAUGUCAUCAGAUUCUAUGUUCUCUUCGGCUGGUGAACCGGGAGCAGAAUACGGAACACCACAUAUGAUUGAUGGAAGUAUUGAAUUUACUUGGUUGACCCAAGAAACUUGUGGAGUGUGCCUAUGGAAGGAUGUUUUGGAAGAUUUCUAUAAAGAAAAUGAUGAGAUUGUAUUACUUGCAAAUUUACAUGGUGAUGCUUUUAAAUAUCUAGAACAGAUUAAUUUUUUAAAGCAAUUUCCAUCAAGUUUUUUGGUUUUUUUAAUGCCUGGACAUAAAGAAGAGCAAAAAGUGAUUUUUGAGAGUUUAAUUGAUUACAAAAAAAUUAUAUAUUGCUAUGUAGAUUCGGGAAAUAAAAGGCAAUCAAUUGAUACUAAACAAUUAACGAAAGACCAAACAUUAAAAAAAGUGAGAAAGAAGUUCAAAGAAGCUUUAAAAUUUGAGGUUUCGCCAUUUGAAGCCAAAAAUUUAAAGUUAGGAAGGUCGCUUCAGUUGGCUGAAGGGAUUGAGUUCCCGAAACAAUCUAGCGAUGGCUACAAACUUUUUCAAACCAAUCAUGAAUUGCAACAUUUAAUUAUGUUAUAUAUAAAUACCUUGAAAUUACCACUUGAUAAAAGAAGACGAGCUUUAGCGCAUAUUGAAAAAGAAGUAGCCAGGAUUUCUUCAAUAGAAUCUUCCGAAACCCGAAAUAUGGCUAUGUUGAAAAGAGAAGAGCAACGUAAAUCUGGUUUGCAAGAAAAUGAGAAAAAAGUUAAAAAUGAAAUUGCAAAAAUUUGGGAGGAAAUUGAUAAUAUGAGUUUAGGUCUAGAGCAUUUCUUCCGUGAAUUAGGUCAUAUUUAUAAAAUUAUUUCUGUUAGAGAUCAAAAUACUGAAAUUAUGAAGUUGCCAGAACUUUAUGCGGAACUUUUAAUUGGUGGACAUACUAUAGAAUUACUUGAUGGUGAUGCUGGAACUAUAUCUGAAUCUCUGUUCUCGGCCAUUUGCAAACACAUCCAUAAAUUAUAUCCUAAUCUUCGAAUUUUUGUGGUGAGCAUUCUUGGUUUACAAUCAUCUGGCAAGUCAACUCUUUUGAAUGCACUUUUUGCAUGUAGAUUUGCAGUUUCAGUUGGACGUUGUACUAGGGGUCUUUUUAUGCGGCUAUUAUUUUUAGAUAAAGAUUUAUCUAAUCAACUUGGUGUUGAUGCAUUUGUUCUGAUCGAUACCGAAGGCCUCGGGGCACCGGAAAAGAUGAAUGAACCAGAAUCGAAAAAAAAAGACCGAAUAUUAGCAACAUUUGCAAUGGGAGUUAGCAAUUUAACGAUCCUUAAUGUACUUGGAGAAUCUACGCGUGACUUGACGGAAAUUUUACAGAUUGCCAUUGUAACUAUGGCACGCCUUGAAAAGGCAGAUAUAGCCCCUGAUAUUCGUAUGGUACAACAUGUUUCUGAACGAAAUGCGGAAAAAUUAUCUGAGCCAGAACAGAAAUUUCGAGAAGCACUCCAAGAAGCUUUAAAAAUAGCAGACGAACAAGAUACUGUGAUGGGAAUAUCUAGCAUGAAGUGUCUUCAGAUUCUUGAUGAAAGAAUAAAAAAGGGUCAGCUUCUUAACCAAUUUCGACCAUUCAAAAAUGGGGCAACUGCUCACGCUCCACCAUCAGAACAAUAUCAUGAAGAUGUCGUUGAUUUAUAUAAUUCAAUACUUGAGGAUUGUAAGAACUCAAAAGGAAAAAUUGAAUUUGCAAAAUGGAGUUCGUUAAUUCCAAGUUACUGGAGAGCUGUCUCCAAUGAGGAUUUUGCUGUUCGAUUCAAAAAUAUUAAAGAGAUGUAUGACUUCAUUGAACUUAGUAAACAAAUUGACAAGGUGAAGGAAGCUAUUGAAGAUGCGUUUUUCCAACACAAGGAACUGAUUACGAAAAAAUUGCGCUCAAAGCUCAGUGAAUGGUCACAAGGUUAUGAGAAGGAUUCAGAUCUUAAAAAUAAAUGCUCUGAAUUGAUUAAUAAAGGGCUAAAGGAUGUUCCAUGUUGUAAUAGCAAUUGCGAGAAAUGUAAAAACACAUAUAAAGAAAGAGAGAAUUUAAGAAAGUAUCUUAAAGCGAAUAGGAAGGAUGAAAAAUGUGAAAUGGAAAUUAAUCAAACUAUUAAUAAUUAUAUUACACAAAAUUAUAAUUCAACUAUUAAAAAACUUACUCGAAUACUCGAAGCUAGCUUUAUUCGAAAAGGCCUUUCAUCUGAAUUUCUUAAAAUAAUUAACGAGAGCAUGGAAAAAAUUAUAAGCAAUAUGAGGGGCAGCAAAUUGACCGAUAAAGAACAAAAUACGACAACAUAUACUGUAUUAUCAAAAGAAACUGUUAGACCGGUAACAGAACCAAUAGAUGAAGAAGUCAAAGUUGAAUUUAAUAAUGUAGAACCUCUUUAUAGCAGAUAUAAAAAAGGAGUUCUACCGGAUUUAUCUAAAUGUCAUGCAUAUAAAUAUAUUGACUCCAAAUAUUUUUAUAUUUCUGACAGAUAUAAUUUACGUUGUCCAGAUGAGAGAGAUGCUAGUUUACUUGAGAAUGAUCUUAAUACGUUAACAGAUAUAAUCUUAAAAAAAAGAAAUUCUCAAUAUGUUUACCAUGGGAUUGUGCGUGAUCUUAGAAACGAAAUAGACAGAAUUAUUAAUAAAUUUUCAAACUUAUGGAAAAAACAACUUAUUCCUGAAUUUAAAUGGGAUGUCCAUUUAUAUGCUUUAUUGAUGUUUAAGACAAUCAUGAAAAGUUACCAAGAAAGAUGGGAGGAGGAAAAUAGCCCACUUUCUAUAUUUGAUCAAAAGAAAGAGGAAUAUAAGAAAAUCAUUGAUACCCGGCUUCAACAUGGAUUUUCGCUUGUUUCAGAAGCCCAUAUUAUUGGGGACUAUCUAUUAAAAGUCGUUCAUAAAAAAGCAAUGAAAGCAGGAAAUUUAGAAAGAAUAAAGACAGUAAAAGAUGUUGCGUGGAUGACUAGCAGUGAACUAGUGAGACUUAAAUAUUUUGAGAUGCUUGCAGAAAAGGUUCAAAAUGGUAAUAAUGAAGAAGCUAUAACUCACUUUGGCAUUCCAAAAAUAAGUAUAGAAGAUUGGUUUAAACGUAAAGUUAAUAGUGUUGAAAGUAAUGCAACUAUUGCGUAUAAUGAAACUUAUAAAUCAGAAUUUGAACAGGUUCUUCAGAAAAUUCGUAACUGUCAAAGUUUAGAAGCAAUUAAAAAUUAUGUAAAUAAUUAUAUGACAGAAGUUGAUGGUGUAGAUUACGAAGUUAAUAAUUUAAAAAAAGAUAAUAAAUUCGAAACGCAUCAUAUACAACAACUGCGUGAUCACAUUGCGAAGAGACUAAAAGAAUAUAAUGAUCCACGGUCAGAAUAUUUUCAGAAUCCAUCUGAAGAUGAAUCAAUCAUGAAGAUGCUUGGAUGUACUGAAACAUGUUAUUUUUGUGGUGCUUUAUGUUGGGGAUCUCGUGGUCAUGAUCAAAGAGCCGAUGAAACGAAAAAACAUCAGACCUGCCAUCAACCUG